GAGGAAAUAGGAAAGGUAAUAUUUGAAUUAUAUGAGGAUAAGGUUCCUAAAACAGUGGCCAAUUUUAAAAGUUUAUGUUUAGGAGAUAAGGGAAAAACCAAACCAUUGAAGGAAUUUAAUAAUAUUACAGCAACAUUGCACUAUAAAGGAACGAAUGUAAAUAGGAUAGCUAGAGGAUUUUUAAUACAAGGAGGUGAUGUUGUUUUAAAUAAUGGGAAUUCAGGUCAUUCAGUGACAAGUAAGGUCUUGGAAGAUGAAAAUUUUGAAUUGAAACAUGAACCAUUCGUGUUGACAUGUCCAAAUUAUGGCCCAAAUACUAAUACAAGUCAGUACGCCAUUACACUUUCUAAAUGUCCAUGGCUCGAUGACCAACAUGUUGUAUUUGGGAGAGUGAAAGAAGGAUUUGAAGUGCUGAAGAAGAUUGAAUCGUUUGGGAGCGACUCAGGU